CAGAUUUACUGUGUCGUGGGAUGAUUUCAUUCCUGACAAAAUGAACAUGAGAUAUCUUGGAUUAGUUCUUCUUAUUUGGUUUCCAGGAGUGCUUCAUGCACAAAGCGCUGCACAGCCCUGUAGUGCUCCUAAACUGGAUGGUGGUUUCUUUGCCCCAAAGCAAGAGACUUAUUCUCAUGGAACAAAGCUCAGUUAUACCUGUGAUACUGGUCGUAAACCUGUGGUGAAGGGAUGGUGGGCAACAAGCACAUGUCAAACUGGAAAAUGGUCUCAUACACCACAGUGUAUAGACGAAGCAGCAUGCCUUCCACCAGAGAUGCCAAAUGCAAAAUACACAGAAAACCAAAAUGGUUGGUAUGAGGACAGAUACAUUAUAAGGAUAACAUGUGACAAAGGAUAUGAACCCAAAGGCUGGGAUGUCACAGCCAUAUGUAUAAAUGGAGCGUGGUCCUCUGUGCCGGUCUGUGAGAAAAGUAUCCUUGCAUGUGGUGAACCUCCUAAAAUCCCCCAUGCAGUCAUCAUUCAUCAGAGAUACCAGGAGAUGUUUGCUGUAGAUUCAGAAGUGCAGUAUGAAUGUGAAGAUGGAUAUACUGUAGAUGGAGCAGAAAAAUCCAUCUUUUGCAUAGCUGGAACCUGGACUAAAGGACCACCGUGCAGCAGAGUAACCAGACCAGAGACUGGACAUGGUGGAUCCACAGUUGGAGGAGCAGGUGGGGGGGGCACGACAUCUGCUGAAAGGGGGACACAACCUGCAGAGGAAGGAGCAUGCCUUCCACCAGAGAUACCAAAUGCAAAAUACACAGAAAACCAAAACGGUUGGUAUGAGGACGGAUCUAGACUUGGAGUAACAUGUGUCCAAGGAUAUGAACGCAAAGGCCGGAAAGUCACCAUAUGUAGAAGUGGAACAUGGUCCUCUGUGCCGGUCUGUGAGAGAUCUUCUGCCACGUCUGGCUCAAAUGACAGAGACAGUCAACCUGCAUUCAUGCCAAUCGACCACUGUGGAGAACACCCAAACGUUCCAAACGGUGAUGUUGUACAAGUGAAUCGAAUGUUUUUGAAAUACCAAUGUAAUGCCUUUUACACACGAGUCGGUUCAGACACCGUGACGUGUUACAGUGAUGGCAGUUGGUCAAACCUUCCCAUCUGCAAAGAGGCAUUCUGUGUCGUGGAUCAUACUAGAUAUCGUUGGUACAACUUUCAGCUAUCUGGAGUUGAAUAUAUCAAGGAAGGAGAGAAAAAGACAUUUCCAUGCACUUCUUCUAAUUGGAGCAGGGUUUUUCAGUGCAUUGAAGGAAGAAUACAUUAUACAAACUGUUGUCAUUAUUAUGUCAUUCAAUGGGGAUUAUGCCAGUAAAGCACAAGAGAAGAACAACUGCUGGGCUGACAACAAAAGCCAAGUUGGAAACUUUUGAAAUACCUCCACCAUAAAACAACUACGCCCAAAAA